CUAAGGUUUAGAACUACUGUACCUCCGUAUAUAUCUUGCUUUCCCUUCCGCUACCCCGGCUCAAGCCUACCCUAGUUGAAUAUCUUCCCCUAACGCUAGCUCAAUGUUUGAUCGGCUAUUAAUCCUAGCCUGGGUCCAUAUCAUUUCGCCAAGCCAUUUCAAGAAAGCAUUGAAUGAUAUUUUUAAGAUUUGAGUUGAAUAUUUGAAAUUUGUAAAGUUCAAUCCGUAACACUACCCGGGGAGCUUUGAAUGUCUCCACACCUUCACAACGUCAACUCAACUUUGCGAAGCAAAUUCAUCGGCGAUCGGGGCCAUAUCAGACAACCCAAACAUGGCACAGGAUGUCUGUCCAACCAAGCCGGAGCCCGCGCUCUCGUUCACCCAGGGCUUCAUCCUGGGCCAGCUCUCGAUAGUGCUCCUGCUUGCCGCCUUCAUCAAGUAUUUUAUUUUUGGCGAACCUCCUUCACCCGAGGUCACCGCAUCGCUUCGUGCCGCCGAGCGACGAUCUCGGACUCGUGCGCAUAAGAAGUCCCUCCUGAGCCUGCGCGAGUUAAGCACCCGGGAGACUGGUCAGCAAACCAACCCUAACAGAAAGAAGUCGAGUAUCCUGCGUCCGAGCCCGCCGACCCUGACUAUCGGGUCUAUUCUUGACAAGACGUACUACAAGGUGGACAGCCACCAGCCGGAGAGCUUGGAUUGGUUCAACGUGCUCGUAGCCCAGACGAUCGCCCAGUUCCGCAGCGACGCCCAGCAUGACGAUGCCAUUCUCACAUCGCUGACCAAAGCACUCAAUGGGACAACGCGCCCGGACUUUGUUGAUGAGAUUCGCGUCACCGAGUUGAGUCUGGGCGAGGACUUCCCCAUCUUCAGCAAUUGCCGCAUCAUCCCGGUCGACGAGGAUGGCCUCACCUUCAAGCCGGGUAAGGCCUUCGACGCGAACAUGGCCACUCGAGAAGGGGCGCGGCUCCAAGCCAGGAUGGACGUUGAUUUGAGCGACAUGAUCACGCUGGCGGUUGAGACGAAGCUGCUCCUCAACUACCCCAGACGCCUCAGCGCGGUUCUGCCCGUUGCCCUGGCCGUCUCAGUUGUUCGCUUCAGCGGCACACUGUCGAUAUCAUUUGUGCCCAGCAACCCAUCCGAUAAUACGCCCACCAAGAUGACAUUCACCUUCCUCGACGACUACAGGCUGGAUUUCUCUAUUCGUAGUUUGUUGGGAAGCCGCUCGAGGCUGCAGGACGUACCCAAGAUUGCACAGCUUGUUGAGUCACGCCUCCACCGUUGGUUCGACGAGCGGUGCGUGGAGCCGAGAUUUCAAGAGAUCGCGCUCCCGAGUAUGUGGCCACGAAAGAAGAACACCCGUGGCGGUGACGAGGCCAUCGCAGACGCUGAGCGAUCCCUGAGCAAGACAAAGGGUAUGGAUAUCGCCAAGGACCUAAGAUCAGACGUCCGGAGGGAAGUCGAAGCUGAAGCGGAUGCGCGAGCUGAUAGGGUUCACGAAUCGCUGAGAUAUCGACGACGGCCGCGAGCCGAGGACGUGCUUUCCGUGACCGGAUCGAUGCCAGGGGCUAUGCCGGAUCUCGACAUGCCGACAUGAAGGGGCUGCCGAGUCGAUGGCUACC